UGUUAUGAAUGGGUGACUUUAUAAUAGUGAUGUUGUGAUAUAUUUUCAAUUUCGUAAGGACUUCACCGCAUAUUUUUACGGCAAUUCAUGGUCCCUUCUCGCUCAAAUUUAGCCAGCUGAUAGUUUAAAGUUUCUACUUAUCGGGAACGUCUUCGCUUGGCCGUCCGUUUCAAAAUGGUGCAAGAAUACCAGAGUCCCGUGAGGGUCUAUAAAUACCCGUUUGAACUUGUCAUGGCGGCCUACGAAAAACGUUUCCCCACAUGCAAAAUGAUACCGAUUUUCCUUGGAAGUGAAAUCACUUCGGAAUACAAGAGCGAUGACGGCGCAGAGCAUGUUAUAGAAAGACGGUGUAGAAUCAACGUUGAGGCACCGUAUUUGCUGAAGAAGCUGAUCGGGGUAGACCAUGUCUUUUUUGUCCAGAAGAACAGCACAGACUGGCGCAAAAGAACACUCACAAUAAAUGCAUAUAAUGAAAGUUAUUCAUCUCGCGUUAUCAUUCGGGAAAAUUGUUACUAUUCUGUACAUCCGGAUAACCCAAAUUGGACAUGUUUCGAGCAAGAUGCAAGCCUAGAUGUAAUAGCUUUCUUUGGUUUCGAAGCUGCAGUUGAAAAACUCAUGAUUAAAUUGUAUUUAGCAAAUAUUGGAAAGGGUAAAGAAAUAAUUCAGUAUUACAUUGAUGAGUUGAUCAGCGAAGGGGUCGGUGACUUGCCAAGAUUCGAGGACUCAACUGGGAAACCACGGACGAAGAGUUUAAACGAACCGCUGAUGGGUAACGAAGGCAAUGAAAGUCCAGAUUCGUCGGACGCUGAGGAAGAUAAGACUGAGGAGAUUGAGGGAGCAGCUUUAGUGCAUCCAGAAAAUAAAAUCGAUGAUGAAUACAUACACAGAUAUCUCGGCCCACUUACACCAACUGAAGAAAAUGCUUUAAUUCAGCUAAGGAAACGUCUCAGUGCAACACAUUUGGGAAAGAUUCCUAAUGACUCUCAUCUACUUCGCUUCCUCAAAGCCAGAGAUUUCAACAUUGAUAAAUCCUAUGAUAUGUUAUGCUCAUCACUUGCCUGGCGAAGACAUCAUAAUGUGGAUAAGAUCUUGACGGAGUGGCGACCACCGGAGGCUGUGAUGGAAUAUUAUUCUGGAGGAUGGCAUCAUUAUGACACAGAGGGCAGACCUGUUUACAUUUUACGACUUGGUAGUAUGGAUGUCAAAGGACUGCUUAAAGCUGUUGGUGAAGAUGGUUUUCUGAAAUAUGUGUUAUCAAUCAACGAGAAAGCGAUGAGCAUGUUCGAGGAAGUUACGAAGGCCAAAGGUUCGCCGAUAAGUUCUUACACUUGUAUCUGUGAUCUGGAAGGACUGUGUAUGCGUCAUCUCUGGAGGCCUGGUGUGAAGGCGUUGUUGAGGGUUAUCGAGGUGGUCGAGGACAAUUACCCGGAAACCAUGGGACGGUUGUUGAUCGUGCGUGCUCCCAGGAUUUUCGGCGUGUUGUGGACCUUAGUCAGUCCGUUUAUCGACGAAAACACACGAAACAAAUUCUUUAUUUAUGGUGGAAAUGACUACCAGGGUCCUGGGGGGUUGGCGGACUAUAUCCCUCAAGAGUACAUUCCUGAGUUCUUGGGUGGAACAUGUGAGUGCGACGUGAGGGAAGGAGGUCUGGUACCUAAAAGUCUGUAUCGGUCUGUGGAAUUUGGCGAAGGAGAUGAGUUUAGCAUCGGUCACGAAAUCUAUCAGCCUGCAUACGUUAGCAAGGGUUCCCCCCACGAGAUCGUUGUCACGGUGAAAGAGCACGAGUCUGUGAUCACGUGGGACUUCGAUGUGAUAAAGGGUGACGUCAUAUUUACGGUAUUUCGUCACAAACGACCAAAGGAAGCGUGCAGUGGUAGUUUGACGAGCCUGGGUGAUAGUCCAUCAUGUGGAGUGAUCGCUAACGUUGAUGCUGUUGUUGUUGAGAAGCCCAAGACAUGCCAUGAUGGAGACUCUGUUCAGGGAACUCAUGUCUGUUCACAAGCUGGCGUCUUUGUCCUGCAGUGGAAAUACAAAUCAAGUCCUCCUGCGACCUCUCUCAGUUCAAAACCUCAAAACAAAGCAAAAAUUAUGUAUUUCUACGAAGUUUUGAAAGGCACAGACUUCAAGGGUUCGAUGUCAAGUAUUGAGUCUGCGCAUAGCGGCUUUUCACAACUAAGUUUAGCGACGCAGGACAGUCAAGCGACGGCGUCCAGCGGUAAUUCGUCAAAAUCUGCGGUGUCAAGAUGACAAUUAAUGAACGCAUCCCGAAAAUAGACCGUUUUGGGAGGUGUAGCGAAACGAACACAGAAUUUAGGAGGAAUAAAUGUAGUAUAGAGUUAAAAAAUAUUUGAAAACGUAGUUUUAGAUCUGUUCUUGUCUUCGGUUUUGUUUUAGCUAUAAACGAAUCUCAUUGGUCGAGAGCAAAACACUUUCCACUUGCAAUUUCCGAGCGAUUCCGCCGGAGAAUUUUGAAUAAUAUUUAUUCACUUUGUGAAGUUUUUCACCAUUUAACAAUUUUGAAAUGGCCGUCAUUUUCACUAUAAAUAAAUAUUAAAUUAAUCAUAUGCAUUGACAGUAAUUUGAAGCAAAUUUAAGUAAGAAUAUCUAUUGUUUUUGUGAAGUUAAAGUAUUGCCUAAAAGUGAACUUUUUAUCCAGUCGAAAAAAAUACAAUCGAUUUUUAGCAAUUAUUAUUGAUUUAAUUUGCCUUCUACGUUUUAAUAGACUCUUACAAUCAAAACAAAUUUGGCAGGGAAAAAUGUAGGAAGUAAAUUAGAUGGUUCGAAAUUAGACGUCUCAAACUAUAGAUUUUAACGCCACAGUAAAAGCAUUUUAGCAUGAGUAAAGCUGCAAAGUUUAGUUGCAAAAUGUUUAAAAUGUGAAAACAUAGCUUUACAAAACAUAGCCUUACAAAAAAAAAAUCAAUUUUCUAGCAAUUUCUUUCAGCGGGAUACAAAGUUCAACUUGUGCAGUACUAUAGAAUAUAUAGGAUUGAAUGGAAUCUAUCUUCUAUAUCGGUAGAAAUUAAUUAGCCUUUCUCACGAUGACGUUUUGGGGUACUUUCAAUUUUCUGAAAUGGGUUUAAAAAUUAUGA